GUGGCAAAGUUUGUGUGGUGAUGUGAUGAGGCAGUUCAGAUCCCUUGAUGCUGGUGACCCAUAGUAAAUUAAAUUGGUACCCCACCCUCUCUCUCACCUCUUUCUCUGCACAACCAGUGUUUUCAGAAUCAUUGCAAUCGCCGGAAUUAAAAUCUUCACACAAUCUAUCUCUCUUUCUCUUUUCAUCUAUCUAUCUCUCAUUUCCUCCAAAUCUUGCUUGUUAUUUCCACCUCCUCGUUUCAUGUCGAUCUUCUCUCUUAUCUGAGUCAAAGGAUUCUCACCAUGUCAGUGGCACCGGUUGAAAGUAUUCCCACAUUAAGCAGUGAUCUCUUCUAUGAUAUAUUUCGUCGACUUGAUGGUGCAACAUUGGCCAGUGCAGCAUGUACUUGUGCAACGUUGUGUUCCAUCUCUAAAGAAGAGAGUUUAUGGGAGAACGUAUGUUCAUCUAUGUGGCCUUCAACGAAUAGAGAGGAUGUCAAAAGUUUGAUAUCUUCUAUUGGUGGAUUCCGGAAAUUUUAUGCAGACUGUUUCCCGAUUGUUGUAAACAAGGAGGUUGUAGAGUAUCAACCGAACAACUAUCAUGAGUACCCGGAGAAUUGGACCGAAGCUGAGUAUUAUGGAGACAUGAAUGAAUCGGAAAACAUCUGUCCAUCAGAUUUUGUUUCUAUAAUAGAUAUUAGGUUCAAGGGAAAACCGGUCUGUUCCAAAGUUCUUUGGGGAAUCCCAAAUGCAAAUAGCUAUGAUGGCUGGUUCUAUAACUGCCCUUUCCGGAUUGAUUUUCUCACUUAUGCAGAUAGAGAUGAUAACAAUGAUGGAUGUGUUUAUCUUUCUGUAUCUGAUGGUCUGCCACGUGUUACAUCCAUGGAAAGGGAAAGGAAAGAUGGGAAGCUAUGGCGGGAGCUCUGCGAAGGGCUCCAGCUCAGUUGGAUUAUAGUAAACAAGAAAAUGAAACAAGCUGCAAAUCUUGCUAGCUGGAGCCCUCUUGGUGGACAACGACACUGGCCAACAGAUAGGGAUUUUGUGAUCCGCUUUGGAUCAGUUCUGCCUGCCAAGGACAUUCUUCCUUGUCAAGUAGUGGAGUGUAUUCUAAUUAUGAAGUUUAGAGUGGUUCAUACCGAAGAAGAAGGGGUCGAAACAACCCUUAAAUUAACAGAGCUGAGCAUGCAGUUGGAAGACAUGGAAGGUGCUCAUGUUAAUGGAAGAAACAGUUUGCAUAUACUGAAGGAUGCACUUAGCAGCAGAAGGAGCAAAAACUACGGUGAAGUACUUGAGUCUUGCCACAUGUAUUCAAAAGUACAGAAUGAGUUGAAAGAGGAGAAGAUGAGAAAUGAAAGUAGGUUGGAUAGACUUUGUAUUCUGAGUGGCAUUGCGGCCUUUAUGACGUUCUGGUACUGUGUUUUAUAAAAUGGUAGUGUAUAGUCAUUUAAUGGAAUAAGCUAAUAUAGCUCUAACAAAUCUUGGACCUUGCCACUACCAUGUAAGAUACCAUAAUAAAGAGAUCAUUAAACAGAAACACUCCUGCUUUUAGAGUUUUAA